UUUUUUUCGCGAUUCACUGACGCGUCUACUCUUCCCUACUCCUCUCCUAACGGGAAACUGCGCAAGCUUGGUGGGAAAUUCCUAAAACAAAAAAGAAAAAAGGAGUAGCUUGCAUCACUGUGGCUCGCUUCGAUUCAGGAGGAGCGUGGUGUGUUGUCCGAAGUUGUUCGCGGCGCGUGGUGCGGACUCGCUGCAAAAGUGCCGCGGACGCGUAGCGAGUAACACCGAACCGAACGCAGCGAAGAAAAGACGAUGAACCCGUCGUGGAGCAGAUCAGCCGAGGAACGCAGACAAAGCGCGCAUGCGAUUGUCAAUGAAGCGGCAGCUGCCACAAAGAACAUGACUCCGGCGGAGCGGGCCACAGAACAAGCGCGCCGCAAAACGCGCAAGAAGCGCCGGAAACCAGACGUCAAGCUGGACGGCGAGAAAUCGGAAAGCACUCCCGAGCUCCAAGACACCGACGAGCAACAGCAGCAGCCUCCACCGCAACAGGCGACCCGUCCCGUUGGAGACGCCGAAGUGGAUGACAUCGACAGCGACCAAGAAGACCUCAGUGGCCUGGAGGGCGCGGCGUUCCAGAGUCGUCUGCCGUUCGACAAGAUGACGGCCCAGGAAGCGGCCUGUUUUCCCGACAUUGUGCAGGGACCGCCCCAGACCCAAAAGAUCUUUCUCCACGUCCGCAACAGGCUUCUUCAACUCUGGCUGGAGAACCCGAAGCAACAGUUGGUCUUCGAGAAUGCGCUGCCGCAGAUGGAACCGCCGUACAACAGCGACGUCCCGCUGGUGCUUCGCAUCCAUUCCUACCUGGAACGGCAGGGGCUGAUAAACUUCGGCGUGUACGAGCGUCUCAAGCCGCCUCCACUCAAGAAGCACGGCAAGGUCAUCGUCAUCGGGGCGGGCAUAUCUGGACUGGCCGCCGCGCAACAGCUCCAGCAGUUCGGCAUGGAGGUUUUGGUCCUCGAGGCCCGAGACAGGGUGGGAGGCCGGAUCGCCACUUUCCGGAAGAGCAGCUACGUUGCUGACCUGGGCGCCAUGGUGGUUACGGGACUCGGUGGGAACCCCAUCACCGUCCUCAGCAAGCAGAUUAAAAUGGAGCUACACAAGAUCAAGCAGAAGUGUCCACUGUUUGAGUCCAACGGAAGCACCGUGCCCAAGGACAAAGACGAGAUGGUCGAACGCGAGUUCAACCGGCUUCUGGAAGCCACAUCAUACCUGUCUCAUCAUCUGGACUUCAACUACGUCCAGAACAAGCCAGUGUCACUGGGCCAGGCCCUGGAGUGGGUCAUCAAGCUCCAGGAGAAGAGUGUCAAGGAAAGGCAGAUACAGCACUGGAAGGCCAUCCUGGACUUGCAGGAGAAGCUCAAGGACAACCACACCAAAAUGGUGCAGAUGAAAGAGCGCAUCGAGGAACUCAAUCGCAUCCACAAGGAGUCCACAGACCUCAAGCAGCGGGACGUCACCCAAGAGUUUGUCCACAGGAGCCGGAUGCACGACCUGACCCUGCUCUGUCGGGACUGGGAUCUCCUGCUUGACCAGCAGCGCGAGAUCGAAGACAAGCUGCAAGAGCUCGAAGCUUCCCCACCCAGCGACGUCUACCUGUCCUCGCGCGACCGUCAGGUCCUGGACUGGCACUUUGCAAACCUCGAGUUUGCGAACGCGACCCCCCUCAACAACCUCUCUCUCAAGCAUUGGGACCAAGACGACGACUUCGAGUUCACGGGCAGCCACCUGACCGUGCGGAACGGCUAUUCCUGCGUACCGGUAUCGCUGGCAGACGGUCUCGACAUCCGCCUCAACACGGCUGUCAAGCAGGUAUAUCUGUCAGGCACGGGGGUUGAAGUGACCACCACGAACACCAGGACGAACUCGGGUCUGGCAACAUUCAAGGCAGACGCAGUUCUCUGCACACUCCCGCUGGGGGUCCUCAAGCAGUCCGUCCUCAACAAUCCCAACCUUCCCAACACGGUCCAGUUCGUGCCGCCGCUUCCUGAGUGGAAGGGAGCAGCUAUUUCGCGCCUCGGGUUCGGGAACCUGAACAAGGUGGUUCUCUGCUUUGAUCGCAUCUUCUGGGACCCCAACUCCAACCUCUUUGGGCACGUGGGCAGCACUACGGGAAGCCGUGGCGAGCUCUUCCUCUUCUGGAACUUGUACCGAGCGCCCGUACUGUUGGCACUUGUGGCGGGAGAGGCAGCCACCAUCAUGGAGAACGUGAGCGACGACGUCAUCAUCGGACGCUGCAUUGCGGUGCUCAAGGGCAUCUUCGGCAACCAUGCAGUCUCGCAGCCAAAGGAGACAGUCGUGACCAGAUGGCGCGCUGACCCGUGGUCCAGGGGUUCAUACUCCUUCGUUGCGACGGGUUCCUCGGGGAAUGACUACGACAUCCUUGCAGCUCCCGUGACACCGACGUCCAAUCAUGUCACCCCGACUCCACCGAGACUGUUCUUUGCCGGGGAGCACACAAUACGAAACUACCCGGCGACCGUCCACGGAGCACUGCUGAGUGGACUUCGCGAAGCGGGGCGGAUUGCGGAUCAAUUUCUGGGUUGCCCUUACGCACCCAGUGGCACUUGACGACUACCACUUUUUCGGGCUUCGGUGGCUACGAGAACUUCGUAAUUUGCAUUCAUAAUAAAAAUAAUCAUUCAUAGUCUA